AUGGCAUUCAAUGCCUUCAAUGUUCCAAGCACGUUACACGAGGAAAAUCAGUUUCGAGUAUUCGGCAUCCAGGGUCCACAUCAUCCCCAGUCUUAUUUGUUCUCGGUCAAUAAAUCGUUUGGCCACUAUUCGUUUAUUGGUUUGGAUGCCUGCCCAAGUCCCGGUCUGAAAAGACCGUUGAAUUUUUUCGGUUCCAUCGAUCAGGACACGGAGGAAUCCAUUCGCCGACUAAUUAAAAACACCGACCGGAGUAAUCACACGUUUUGGUUCGGCCAUUAUCCUACAUCAACGAUUAUCUCUCCAAAUUUCAACCUACGUGAGACCAUUGGUAGUAUCUUACGUGGUGAUAUUGAUCGUGGCAAAAUAGUAAUAAUAAACAGGAAAAUUCAUUCAGACCUCAUCCUCGCACACAAUUCCCAGUUAGCACAAGAAGAACCAUACUCUCGGGUAGCACUUAUCUUGCGUUUCAUUUCUGUUCGAGCGCACACCAUUAGUGCAUGUCCACUGAUCGAACUGGAAUUUCACCUCCACAAACCUCGCAUAGAAGAUCUUUGUUUACGUAUAUUUCUGAAUGACAACGUAUCUCUCCUAUCUGGUCUUUUUCAUUCCGGUCGCAGAGAACACGGUUUCGCUUAUCUGUGUGGACAUCUGCACACGUUCUUAAACUGGGUACCGCGAAUGUACACCAUGCAACCACAGGGUUAUCUGGAAUUGGAACUUGGAGAUUGGCGUGACAAUCGAUAUUAUCGAAUUGUGGCUGUGGAUCACGAUCUGGUUUCGUUCGUGGAUGUACAAAUGCUUGAACCGAAUCAAGAAUGGCCCAUUGUCCUGAUUACCAAUCCGAAAAAUGCAAAUUUCCUGUUGUCACACAAGGAACCCGUGUCACGAAUCGCCCAAUCCACGCACAUUCGCAUUUUAUCGUGGUCGAAGUGGCCCAUUGAUCUUGUUUCGGUCUACGUUGAUGAUACUCAUUUGGGCAACGCGGUUUUGGCCAAAUCGGACGAUUCCUCCCCAGGGUCGUCUCCUAUUCCAUUAUACGUCCUUUCUUGGAAUGCUUCACAGUGGUCCACAGGAACCGCUCACACGAUGACAGUAUUUGUUCGUGAUGCGAAAGGAAACGAACGCCGAGUAACACAACAGUUUACCGUGAAUGGAGACCCGUUGUGGGAAUACGAGUUUCUACCCGGGUUUUUCUUGCGCACCGAUCACGGAUGGAAUCUGUGCCUAUGGUUCUACCUAUCGUGGCUUUCACUGUUCACUGUGCUCUUACUACCCCGAUACCUACCGAUCGCCUUUAGUCGGCAUGUUUGGUCUUUGAAAUGUUCAUUUCGGAAACAUUUACUGGAAUACGUUUUGUCUGUGAUCGAAGAUGAGCAACUUAUCAUGAAAGCCGAGGUGGACAUUCUCAUGGCUAUGCAUCUGGUCAAGAAAGCUUGGGAGUCUGCAUCCGCAAGUUCUGAUCAACGCUUUCAUGGAAACUGGGUUCAAAUCCACAUCGAUUCACCCGGCGAUGCAGCCACCAGGGGAUAA